GCUGUACUCUGAGAAGUCAUCUUUGUUUAGGGAAUAUUUUCCUCUAAUAAUAACAUCUGUAUAAACUGGCAUGAGAGCUAAUGAGGACUGUUACCCUGUGGGGGAGGGAUGUGUGGAUUCACUCAAAUCCUGUCCCAUGUGGUAUAGGACCCCUCCAGAUUAGAUCAGGACUGGGUGCCUCCCCUUACUUCACACUCACACACACACACACACACACACACAGUCAUCAGCACCCCACCCCCAGACACUCACCAACAGACUAGAAACAGAGGAUAAUUCCCCUGCUAUCCCUCAGUCACUUUUAAUCUGGACGCGGGAAAGAAAGUGAUAAAUGUGAAGGAAAUGCACCUUGAAUGAGUGAGUUCAUCAGCUGAUUCCACCUUUCUGGAUUGCUGUGACCUGUUCAGGAACAACUGUAUGACAUCUAGGAAAAGAGAUGGUGGGCCUGGCUGUCUCCUCAGCAGCUGUUUCUGCGAUGGAGCUCUUGGUGACGGAGUUGAAUGUGCUGUUGAAGCUGUUGGACCAUGAGACCCUGAGCUGUGCUACAGAAGAGAAGAAAACCGCUGUGAAGAACCUUCUCAGACAACUUCAGCCCUCAGUCACUGGAAAAGACUAUAUGUACAUGAACAGCUCAGUAUACAGAAAUGGAACCAGCUUUGUCGAAUCGCUUUUUGAUACAUUCGAUUGUGACCUAGGGGACCUGAAGGUUGAAAUGGAGGAUCAGAAGAACGAGCCAGAGACAAAACACACUGACCACAUUGUCCCCAAACCAAGCACAGCGGACUCACCUCCCCCACUGCCCAACACACCACCUCCAGAGGAUUACUAUGAAGAAGCCGUUCCACUCAGCCCUGGAAAGAUGCCAGAAUAUAUCACUAGCCGCAGAAGCUCCAGUCCUCCCAAUUCCAUUGAAGAUGGAUAUUAUGAAGAUGCUGAGAACAAUUACCCAACAACUCAAGUGAACGGACAACGCAUAAACUCCUAUAAUGACUCGGAUGCCUUAAGCAGUUCUUAUGAGUCAUAUGAUGAGGAAGAGGAAGAGAAAGGCCAGCGUUUGACACACCAGUGGCCCUCAGAGGAGAACUCCAUGGCCCCGGUGAGAGACUGCCAUAUCUGUGCCUUCCUGCUGAGGAAAAAACGCUUCGGCCAGUGGGCCAAACAGCUCACUGUCAUCCGCGAGAACAGACUCCAGUGCUAUAAAAGCUCAAAAGACCAGUCGCCCUACACUGACAUACCACUCAGUUUGUGUAAUGUCAUCUACGUGCCCAAAGAUGGCCGGAGGAAGAAGCAUGAGCUCCGAUUCUCUCUUCCCGGUGGAGAGGCACUGGUGUUAGCCGUGCAGAGCAAGGAGCAGGCUGAGAAAUGGCUCCAAGUGGUGCGUGACGUUACAGGUCAGGGGAAUGGGUUGGACAGCCCAUCUUCUCCCAUGAUUCCAAAGAAGAUUGAACUGGACAAGUGGUGUUCUUCAGAGAAGCAAACCUCAGAUUCUGACAGUAUGCCAAGUGGAGAAAGUGCUCGCGAUGGACGGGAAAAUGGCAAACCCAAGCGAGGUGCACUGUCAGAGCUAACGGGCAACGUAAGCCGAGCUGCAGGAAGAAAGAUCACAAGAAUGAUCAGUUUCUCCAAAAGAAAGCCUCCACUGCCAGGAGACAACUGCACGUCACCCGACCAGGAUCCCCGGUGUGGUUAUGUAGGAGUGCUGUUGAAUCAGUGCUGGAAGGAACACUGGUGUCGGGUGCAGGCUGGAUUUCUUUACCUUUACCAUGAGAAAGGAGAACAGCGGGUCCCCCACACCACUGUGGCUCUGAAGGGAUGCGAGGUUGUCCCAGGCCUCGGGCCUAAACACCCCUUCACCCUGAGGAUACUGAAAGGAGGUGCAGAGCUGGCAGCUUUGGAGGCGAGUUGUUCGGAGGACAUGGGCCGCUGGCUGGGAGUCUUGUUGGCAGAAACUGGUUCCUCUGCUGACCCCGAGUCCCUACAUUAUGACUAUGUAGAUGUGGAAACUAUUGCCAACAUCCGUACAGCUGCCCGUCACUCUUUCCUAUGGGCAACCUCCACAGAUUUUAGAAUGUAUGAUGAGGUCCCUUUCGAAGCCAUAGAGCAGGAAAAUGAGGGGUUGCUGGGAGAAGCACAAACAAAACGUCGUUCUUCUUUCUCCAGCAAUGAAACCGGAAAGCCCAGUCCACAAACCACUCUAAAACGCCACGGCUCCAAUGCAAAUCAGUACGGGAGGUAUGGGAAAACACGGGCACAGGAGGACGCACGCCGAUACUUGAAAGAAAAAGAAGACCUGGAAAAAGAAAUAGAUAGUAUCAGAGGUGCCCUAGUCUCUCUGCGAAAAAAGAAACGAGAGGCAAAAGAUAAGAUGAAUGGUGCACCGGAUAAGCAGAAGUUGGCUUUAGAGGAGCGUGUAGCUCAGUUAGAGGACAGCUGUCGGGUGAAAGAGGGAGAGCGUGUGGACCUAGAGCUCAAACUCACGCAGGUGAAGGAGAACCUAAAGAAAUCUUUGGCUGGUGGAGAACUGGGGGCACCUACCGAGUACAUACAAACUACAAACAAGACUCAGUAUAUGGAGUCAUUUCUCUCUGUUAACUGCACCUCUGAAAUGCGUAAGCGUCCCCCCUCCAUCUAUGCAUCCACGAAGGGAAACGUUAUGCAGAAAGCCAAGGAAUGGGAAUCUAAGAAGGGGACUUAAACUGCUGAUCAGGAAUGUCAAGGUUAAGAUGAGGACUUUUCAGCCACCUUUCUCAAACACAGACUGCUGUAAAUGCAUAUAUAUUGAUUACGAUGACUGCCACUUUUGUAACUUUAUAAUGGGGUUAGAAUGACAAAGCAGCCGCGGUCAAAUGAUGAGGUUCUCUUCAAGUCUUGUGAAGUUCCAUGUUACAGGCACAAAUAUUGAAGGAUUGAGAUGGUAUGAGGAAAUAAUAGUUUGUCCUUUGAAAGUGCACAAAAGAGUUGUGGGUAGGUGGUAAAGAAAGAUGGGAAUGAAUGGGGGACAAUUCACUUUAAAAUAGUAUGUUAGGAGAGGCAUGGUGACAGAUUUGUACAAAGUGUUUUUACACUCCAUUGCUUAUACAGUACUUCUGGGGUAACUCCUGCUCUUAAAGGGUUACUUCUCCCCAAAAUGGCUUUUUUUUUUUUUUUCAUUAAUCACUUACCCCCCUGUCGUUCCAAACCUGUAAAAGCUUUCUUCUUCUUUGGGAACAUAAUUUAAGAUAUUUUGGAUGCAAACUGGGAGGCUUGUGACUGUCCCAUUGACUGCCAAAUAAAUAACAGUGUCAAGGUCUAGAAAAUUAUGAAAGACAUCAUCAGAAUAGUCCAUCUGCCAUCAGUGCUUCAAACGUAAUGUUAUGAAGCAACGAGAAUACUUUUCUGUAUGUGAAGAAAACAAAAAUAAUGACUUUAUUCAACAAUUUGUCUGUUGUGUCUCUACGCAUUGGCGUAGCACUAUUUAGGAGAAUAUCCUCUAACUGUACGCUGUUCUGUGUCAGCAGCACCUCACGGAUAUGCUGUUUUAGUUCAAAUCAAAGCAUAAAUAAAUGUCGAAACCGUAACCGCGUAGUUUGUGUUCCAAAUUACUUUCCAAAAUGGCCCUUAGAUAGCGCUGAUGACACAUAUUGUUGAAUAAAGUUAUUUUUAUUUUCUUUGCAUACAAAAAGUAUUCUCUGCACUUCAUAAGAUUCAGAUUGAACCAGUGUCAGCUGAUGGAUUAUUCUGACGAUGUCUUUGAUCUUUGAUUUCUGGGCCUUGGCAGUGUUAUUUACUUUGCAGUCUAUGGGACAGUCACAAAACUCCCAGUUUUCAUCCAAAAUAUCUUAAAUUGUGUUCUGAAGACGAACAAAGCUUUUAUGGGUUAUGAACGAGAUGGGGUAAGUGAUUAAUGACAAAAUUGUCAUUUUGGGGUGGAGUAUCCCUUUAAUCAUGUGGUGCUAAUAACGGUGUACAUACAAUGAUUGUAAAUAAUUUUAACAUUACUUUUAAAUCUAGCCUCUGUGUAUUUAACUGAUACUUCGGUUUAUAACCUUUAGAUUUUCCACCUUUUAAUGUGAGUAACAUUUGCACUUUAAAUGUCUUUAGACAUGGAGAUGGGAAUAUUGUUUUAAUAAAUAAAAAAAGAAAAUAAAAUGUA